AUGGUGGCGGCGGCGGAGGCGAUGGUGCGGUCAGGGGCGUGGCCUAGACCAGGGGCGUGGCAGGGGCGUGGCGUAGGAGGCGGGCCGAAGCUGGGCCAGCGCUCUAGUGCCGGACGUUGCGCGGCCGCGACGCCCGGCGCCAGGGCUGGCGCGGAGCUCUGGUCAGGCGCUGCCUGCGGCAUCCGGCGUGGUCCGGCGAGGCUUGGGCCCGACCAGCGUAGCACCCGAGGCGUUCAUCCUCCCGGCGGGCCCGACCGGGACAGGGACAAUGGGCCUUCUGACGUCGAGCUCCUAGGGUCGCAAGGGGGCGCUCCCGCUGCGGUCCGGAGGCCAGGGCCGAGACCGACGUGCCGGGGCUGGCGGAGCGGAGUGGGAGGGGCCGGGCCAGAGAGGGAUGAGCUAAGGGCGGCUUGGGCGGGGCCGGGCGAUUUAGGGGGAUGGGCUAAGUGCUUAGACUCUGUCCGUAAAGACGGCCUCGUCUUCCCGGUUCAUCAUGGCUUCGGCUUCGAGGUAGGAGUGCCGUCUGAUGUGAUGCUUUAUGAAGGCCUUCACUCCUUUGAAAGCAUCAUGUGUUUAUCUGGAAAAUUCACUUACCUGGUGCUUUGCCUGGUGGUGCCACAUCUAGAGGUCACUGCUCAGAGAGGUGCCCACUCAAAGGUGAAGUCCGUGAGGCUGCUUGAGGUUCUGAAUGCUCUGAAGGAGGAAGAGUCCAACAGCAGCAGGGAGGAGAUUUUCAUUGCACCACCUGAAAAUGCCGCUGGGGACUUCACCGACGAGGACUCAGGCGAUGAAGAUGGCCGGGGAGCUGCUCACUUGCCUGGCAGUGUGCUGCAUGCUUCAGUUGUGUCUGAAGAUUCUGGCACAGGGGAAGAUAAUGACAAGCUAGAGCUGCAGCCAGCCAAGAAGAGGCAGAGGUCAGUAGCAGAACCUCAGCGCAUUUGGACCAAAAGAGAUAUCCGACCAGACUUUGGCAGCUGGAUGACAUCAGAUCCUCAUAUCGAAUAUCUCAAAAGCCAGGAACUGAGUCCUGUGGGCCUCUUUGAAUUGUUUUUUGAUGAAGGAACAAUUAAUUUUAUCGUUAAUGAAACCAACCGUUAUGCAUGGCAGAAAAAUGUCAACCUGGGUCUCAUGGCCCAGGAAUUGAAGUGUGUUUUGGGCAUUUUGAUUUUAAGUGGGUAUAUCUCCUAUCCAAGGAGAAGGAUGUUUUGGGAAACUUCUCCUGAUUCACAUCAUCAUCUUGUUGCCGAUGCAAUUAGAAGGGACAGAUUUGAACUGAUCUUCUCAUACUUGCAUUUUGCAGAUAGCAAUGAACUUGAUGAAAGUGAUAGGUUUGCCAAGGUCAGGCCUCUCAUCAUCAGGAUGAAUUGCAAUUUCCAGAAGCAUGCACCCUUGGAAGAGUUCUACAGCUUUGGCGAGUCCAUGUGUGAGUACUUUGGACACCGGGGGUCCAAGCAGCUGUAUGCUGGGAAGUCGGUGAGGCUCAGCUAUAAGAUCUGGUGUGGGACAACCAGCAGAGGCUACCUGGUGUGGUUUGAGCCCUCUCAGGGCACACUCUUCACCAAGCCAGACAGGGGCUUGGAUCUAGGAGGCAGUAUGGUAAUAAAAUUUGUGGAUGCACUUCAGGAGCGUGGCUCUCUGCCAUACCACAUAUUUUUUGACAAGGUUUUUACAAGUGUUAAACUGAUGUCCAUUUUGAGGAAAAAGGGGGUGAAGGCCACAGGAACUGUUCAUGAAUACAGGACUGAGCGAUGUCCCCUUAAAGAUUCCAAAGAACUGAAGAAAAUGAAGAGGGGUGCAUUUGAUUACAAAGUUGAUGAGACUGAGGAGAUCAUUGUAUGCCGCUGGCACGAUGGCAGUGUGGUCAACAUCUGCUCCAAUGCUGUGGGCAUAGAGCCAGUGAGGCUGACUAGCCGUCACUCAGGAGCAGCCAAAGCACGGACACAGGUCCACCAGCCAUCUCUGGUGAAGCUGUAUCAGGAGAAGGUGGGGGGUGUCGGCCGGAUGGACCAGAAUAUUGCCAAGUACAAGGUGAAGAUCCGGGGCAUGAAGUGGUAUUCGAGCUUCAUUGGCUACGUCAUUGAUGCCGCUCUCAACAAUGCUUGGCAGCUGCACAGGAUCUGCUCCCAAGACGCCCAGGUGGACCUCCUCGCCUUCCGGAGAUACAUUGCCUGUGUGUAUCUGGAGAGCAACGCCGACACGUCCUCACAAGGCAGGCGCAGCCGGCGGCUGGAGACCGAGAGCCGCUUUGAUAUGAUUGGGCACUGGAUCGUUCACCAGGACAAGAGAACCCGGUGCGCCCUCUGCCACUCACAGACCAACACCCGCUGUGAGAAGUGCCAGAAGGGUGUCCAUGCCAAGUGCUUUAGGGAGUACCACAUCCGGUGACACCACAAGCUGCGCUUGCUUUUGUUUGUGAUGAGAUAUUUAUAGCUAAUAACAUACAGCAGUCAAUCACUUUGUUCUAUUUGUUUUGGAAAAAGACCUGAAUCUCUGAUGAUUUGGUUCUGUAUU